AUGGAUGUAAUUUUUGUGGUGCCAAGAGGGAAGCCAUUUUCCAUUGAAGUUGGCUACUUCGACACAGUCAUAGAGAUCAAAGAGAAGGUGCAGAAGUAUCAGGGAAUUCCAAUCUCGAGGCAAACUCUAAUUUUCAAAGGCCAAGUUCUCCCAGAUGAUGGUGAUGUUUGGAAGUGCGAAAUCCUUCACAAGUCACGCAUACAGCUCCUUGUGACACCAGAGUCAGACAAGAAGCCAGUUAAGGUCAAGACUGAAGAGUUUUCUUCACCCACCAAAAUUCAGAAGCUAGCUAAGGUCAAGACUGAAGAGCUACAUGUCAGUUAUGAAAUGGAUGUUAAUGACACAGUUUUGAAGCUAAAGGACAAGAUUCAUGACAUUGAACAUGUCUCAAAGAACAAUCUUGUUCUGCACAAAGCAGGUACUGAACUGCAUGAUCAUCAGUUUCUGCGAGAUUGUGAUGUUUCAGAUAAUAGUGAGAUCGAUGUGAGUGUUCGAGCAUCCUCUGCCAUGGUGCCAACAACAUCUGCUGCAACUGGCACUGGUGUAGGAGGAGGAGGAGGAGAGUCAAAGAAGUUGAAGCUCAAGAUAUUGCCCCAAAGCGGGACAGAGAAGAUACCAAUAGAAGUGAAUGCAUCUGAUAAUGUGGGGGAGUUAAGGAAGGAGCUGCAGAAGUUGCAGCAGAGGCUUCAAUUUGAUCUUCCACAGAGUUACUUCUUCAUUCACAAGCAGGAUGUUAUGUAUGAUGACAGGUCUUUCCGAUGGCACCAAGUCGGGCAGGGCGACACCAUUGAGAUCUUCAGCGGAAGUGUUACAGGCUGA